CCGACGCUGCGUUCUAAGUGUCAUGGCGUCUUCCUUGAAGGGGGCUGGGUCCACCGCUAAAUAACAGAAUAUUCCUGUCUUUUCUCCGAUCAAAUCGUCGCUCCAUCAACAAUUUUAAGAAUAUAUUACCUGCUGACAAGAAUUCACAAUGGGGACUGUGCAUGCCAGGGUAAAACGUCUCUCUCCAAAAGUUUGGACCCCUUGCCGAUGCAUGGCCGUGAUUUAGGCGUCAACCACGACGACAUGGAAGGCAUGGAACCAGAGCAGUCAACUAAACAAGAAGUACUGGAGAACAGAGACGUUGUAGUUCAACAUGUCAACAUUGAGGGCUUGGGCAGAACCAAGGAGGACUACUUGGGCUACGAGAUCUCUGAUGUCUUCAAUGCCAAAAACCUCAUAGACGUCAUGAAGAAGUCUCAUGAUGCGAGGAUGAGGCUACUGAGAUUGGGCAUCUUCAAAGAGGUGGAGGUGCUCAUCGAUGUCUCUGAAGGCAAUGACGCCCUUCCUAAUGGUCUAGAUGUCACAUUUGAGGUGACAGAAAUGAAAAGGUUGACUGGCAGUUACAACACCAUGGUUGGCAACAACGAAGGAAGCAUGGUGCUGGGCGUGAAGCUACCCAACGCCCUGGGCCGUGGCGAGAAGGUCACCUUCCAGUUCUCGUAUGGCACCAAGGAGACCUCAUACGGCCUGUCGUUUUUCAAGCCCCAGCCAGGACACUUUGAACGCAACUUCACCCUAAACCUCUACAAGGUGACAGGCCAGUUCCCGUGGAGUUCCCUCAAGGAGACAGACCGAGGCGUCUCAACAGAGCUAAACUUUCCCCUGUGGAUGUCCAAUCACACGCUGAAGUGGGAGGGGGUGUGGCGUGAGCUGGGCUGCCUGGCCCGCAGUGCCUCCUUUGCCGUGCGGGAGGAGAGUGGCCACUCGCUCAAGUCCUCCCUCUCGCACACUAUGUCCAUAGACACCAGGAAUUCUGCCAUCCUCCCCAGGAGAGGUGCCUUACUGCGGAUCAACCAGGAGCUGGCUGGUUACACAGGUGGGGAUGCCAGCUUCCUCAAGGAGGACGUUGAGCUGCAAUUCAACAGACCCUUCCUGUUUGGAUCGGUCCUCUCUGCCUCUCUGUGGGGAGGGAUGCUCAUGCCAAUUGGUGGAAAGCCUUCCUGCAUCGCCGACAGGUUUUAUCUUGGGGGGCCAACCAGUGUCAGAGGCUUUGGCAUGUACAGCAUUGGACCUCAGAGUGAAGGUGAUUACUUGGGAGGGGAAGCGUACUGGGCCGGGGGGCUGCAUCUCUACACCCCUCUGCCGUUCCGUCCGGGCCGCGGCGGCUUCGGAGAUCUCUUCAGAACACACUUCUUCCUCAACGCCGGAAACCUCUGCAACCUCAACUACGGGGAAGGUCCCCAUGCCCACUUGCAGAAGCUGGCCGAGUGCAUCCGCUGGUCGUACGGGGCCGGCAUCGUGCUGCGCCUGGGCAACAUCGCACGGCUGGAGCUCAACUACUGCAUUCCCAUGGGGGUCCAGAGUGGAGACAGAAUAUGUGAUGGCGUGCAGUUUGGUGCUGGAAUCCGUUUCCUGUAACGUCCAUCUGAGAUGACUCAUGUCCUUUUGCGAAGAAUUCUGGGAGUGAGAGGGAUAAGCGUCCUUGUUGAAGACACACACACACACACACACACACACACACACACACACACACACACACACACACACACACACACACAGCAUGCACACAUUUUCACACACCCCUCCCCACCCUCACUAUUCAACUUUUCUAUUUAACAUUGAUUGAAACGAGCCUGUAAGAUUUCUGCCAUAUUUGAAUUCUGCUCUGUGUCCAUAUCAUUGCUUUAAGAGAUGAAGAUAAAUAUGUAAUGUAUGUAGCUGAAUUGCGUACUGUGUGCAGCUUGUUUGUACAAGUGUAAGUCUGACGGAGCUUGCUUUUAUGAAUGUCUUGGGAUUGUGGCUUGACAGGUUUUGUUGACAUUUGGAGACACAUUUUUUAACAAAGAGGAUUUUGACUUAGGAAGCUGAACCUUGAAAUAUGCAGAAUGAAUUAGAAAUACAAAGGUUUAGUUUGUUCAAGAUAUUUGUGCGUUAACAUACACAGCACCUUUUAAAUGAGAUUAGGGGGGUAAAGCUUACCCUCUUCCACGCUCCUUCUUGCACUCUUACUUCCCCAUCCCUUUGUGUUUUUGUAGGUUUUGUUUGUAUGUCCGCAUUGUCAAGGGGUCAUUGUCAUUACCAGAAAAGAAAAUCAUGAAGCGCCAGAAUACAAAAAUGGUGGAAAUCACAGGCCUACCAUUUAUUUAAUUUUUUUUUGUCAUUAAAUAUCAAGUCCUUAAUUUUGUGCCUACCCUAAACUUGGAAACAUUUGGGAAAAAGAAGCAUACAGAACAAAAGCAUUGGCCUCAAGAACCACUAAAACGUAGAUACAUUUUUAAUAAUGCCUCCUAAUCUAACAGAGGGUUGCCACAAAUAACAUCCACAUUUUUAAGCAGUAGUGGCAUAUUAAAGACAAGAAAGUAUAAGGACUUGAUGGCGUAGAACUACCCUCACUGAAAAGAGUCUUUAGGCUUCUUCAAAAUUGUCUGUCUGGUUAGUGACUGGCUUAAACAAACACAUUCCGGACCUAGAUAAAGGUGAAGUUUUGUGACUGAUGAGUUUUUGUUCCUUAACACACUUGGUAAGGUGGUACAUUGACAUCUGAAUGAGAUUAACCCAUCACCAUUUGAAGUUGCAUUGCUUUAAAGCCAGCCAGACAGUUACAAAAAAGCCUUUUGACUCUCGUGCCUCUUGCCAAAAUGGGUACAGUACAUAGACAGAGACCACAUAGCGUCUUUUCACAACGCACUUACGCCAUGUCGAGUUUUCAUUGGCUACGAUGCUUAACCCAUUCGCUACCUUCCCUCUGCCGCGGGGGAUGGGAGUAGUGAUAAGCAAAACAUCCCUACAUCCUUUCUUCACUUGGUCAGUAACUAAACAAAGGAGAGAAAAAAAUGCAAAAACUGUGCCUAGACCGAAAAAAAAAAUCCAACCCCAGCCUGUCCAUAUAGCCUUGUUUUAACAUUUGAUUGGCAUAACUUAUCAAUCAGUUCCUAAUCCCAAUAGACUGUAAGCAUGAAGGUUGUUUCAUUGAAGUGUCGUAGUUCUGGGAAUAACAGUAAACAAGGUUGCCCAUCCAGACCAAUAAUAAAAAGCAGUUAGCAACUUCGGUAGUUGUCCAUGGGAAAUUAUAUUGCAAUCAACAAAGUAGCUAACAUAGGAACUACGCUUUCCAGAAAUGCACCCCUGAACGGCACGGUGUUGGCAGUGAAGAGGUUAUGCGUCCUGCCAAUUAACAGGGUAGACAGAACAUCAUACAACUGCGUUGUGAGAAAUAUAAAACCCACAUGGGGUCCUGCUGACGGUUAACAUGGAGGGCCCAAACAAAUCUGGUGCUCAUCUGUGGGCUUGGGCGGGAAAGCCACAAAUCUACCAGCAGUGCACUUACUAACCUUUAGUCCUCUUAUUCAAAAAUAUUAAAUAAUUCACAUUUGAACUGUUGAAUCUGCACAGAAAUAAAUCACAAUUUUAUCCCAA